CACAAGAAUAAAAUAUCAACAAAAUUUUCUUUAGCCCCUUAUCCUGAGCUGAUCGCUUCACCUCUCAUGAGAAUAUAUCUACUCAAUUCCCAUCGUAUAAAUCCGCUCCUAUAUCUUCUUCUUUAUCCUUAUCCUUAUCCUUAUCAUUGUCUGAAAAAUUAGGAGAAAAUUACCAUGCACACGCUGCUCCGGUUUGGUUAUCCUUCUUUGAGCGUUCGAUGUCAGCUGGACUCGGCGAGCAGCGAGGGGAAGCAACUCACGGUCGGCUCCCCGAUCGUCGUCGUGGAGGCGCCGCCGACGCUCAAGACCGCCACCCCCAUGCCGUCGCUCAAGAUCAACUCUGGACUGGUCAAGGAGGGCGACGUCGGAAGGAUUAUAGCGAGGAAGCCGAAGGAUGUUUGGGCAGUCCGCCUGGCGAUCGGCGCAUACCUUUUAGACGGCAAGUACUUCAAGCCAUUAGACAUCUCUGAAUGAGAUCUUGACAUAUGAGACCACAAAGUCAUGAGCUAUAGUACGAGCCGGAGGAAGUUAAUUUGAUGUGUACGUGUAUUUCGACAACUGCUGCUGAAUUUAUCUUUUACAUUGUUGGAAAAUACAGGAGUUCGAUGAUGUUAUAACCCUCCUCCGUCUGCCUACGUGCAUGUAAUCAAAAUUUUAUGAUUAAUUAAAUGACCGACAGUCUUUAGGACCGGA